GCCCUGAGCGCGCGUGCGCGAGACCGGGAACGCGGCCCCCUGAUUGGCGGCGCGUGUCGGGGGCGGGGCCGCGGCUGCGUGACAGUUGUCGCGGGGGAGGGCAAGCCCCAGCGCGGGGGAGGGAGUGUAAAUAGAGCGAAGGCUGCUCUGUGUUAGCCCCGUCACCGCCGGGCGGCCCGCGCGGAGCCUGAGGGAGAUGGAAGUUCAGCAAGAGCAGCGGCGCAGAAAGGUGGAGGCCGGGAGGGCGAAGCUUGCUCACUUCCGACAGAGAAAAACAAAAGGUGACAGUUCGCAUUCGGAGAAAAAGACGGCGAAGAGGAAGGGCUCGGCUGUCAAUGCGCCUGUCCAGGAGGAGAGUUCGGUAGCCAAGGAGGACAGCGCACUCCGUGGAGGAGGGGACAUUUGCAAAAGCACGUCAUGUGACGACAGCCCUGAUGGGGCAGGAGGGGCCUUUGCAGCUCAGCUGGAGGACCGUGAUGGAGAGAAGAGAGAGGACUUGGAACAGAUGCAGCAGAAGCAAGUCAAUGACCAUCCUCCAGAACAGCAUGGGAUCUUCACAAUCAGUGACCACCCACCAGAACAGCGUGGGAUGUUCACAAUCAGUGACCAGCAACCAGAACAGUGUGGGGUGUUCACAAUGAGUGACGAUCGUUCAGAACAGCGUGGGAUGUUCACGAUCAGUGACCACCAACCAGAACAGAGUGGGAUGUUCACAAUGAGUGACGAUCGUCCAGAACAGCGUGGGAUGUUCACGAUCAGUGACCACCAACCAGAACAGAGUGGGAUGUUCACAAUCGGUGACCACCCAUCAGAACAGCGUGGGAUCUUCACAAUCAGUGACCACCAACCAGAACAGUGUGGGAUGUUCACAGUCGGUGACCAGCAACCAGAACAGCGUGGGAUGUUCACAAUCAGUGACCAGCAACCAGAACAGUGUGGGAUGUUCACAGUGAGUGACGAUCGUCCAGAACAGCGUGGGAUGUUCACAGUCAGUGACCACCAUCCAGAACAGUGUGAGAUCAUCACAAAGGAGUGUGAACAAGAAUGUGAACUUGCCAUUACUGACCUGGAGAGCGGCCGUGAAGAUGAGGCUGGCCUACAGCAGAGUCAGGCCGUGCAUGGCCUUGAACUGGAGGCGCUGCGCCUGAGUCUGAGCAACAUGCACACGGCGCAGCUGGAGCUGACACAGGCCAACCUCCAGAAGGAGAAGGAGACGGCGCUGACGGAGCUGCGGGAGAUGCUCAACAGCCGGCGUGCCCAGGAGCUGGCCCUGCUACAGAGCAGGCAGCAGCACGAGCUGGAGCUCCUUAGGGAGCAGCACGCACGGGAGAAGGAGGAGGUGGUGCUCAGGUGUGGACAGGAAGCAGCUGAGCUGAAGGAGAGGUUACAAUCAGAAAUGGAGAAAAACGCCCAGAUAGUAAAGACCCUGAAGGAAGACUGGGAAUCUGAAAAAGAUUUAUGUUUAGAAAAUCUACGCAAAGAAUUGUCUGCAAAGCAUCAAUCAGAAAUGGAGGAUUUACAAAACCAGUUUCAGAAAGAAUUGGCAGAACAGAGAGCUGAGUUGGAGAAGAUUUUUCAAGACAAAAACCAGGCUGAAUGGGCCCUUAGGAACCUGGAGAGUCAUCAUCAGGCAGCCAUUGAGAAGUUACGUGAAGAACUGCAGUCCGAGCACGGCCGGUGUUUAGAAGAUUUGGAGUUCAAGUUCAAAGAGAGCGAGAAAGAAAAACAGCUGGAGUUAGAGAAUCUUCAAGCAUCAUAUGAAGACCUGAAGGCGCAAUCACAAGAAGAGAUCAGGCGCUUGUGGUCCCAGCUUGAUUCUGCCAGGACCAGUAGACAGGAAUUGAGUGAGCUACAUGAGCAACUCCUGGCACGAGCCUCUCACGUGGAAGAUUUAGAACAGCUGAAGCAGCGAGAAAAAACCCAGCAUGAGUCUGAACUGGAGCAACUGAGGAUUUAUUUUGAAAAGAAAUUAAGGGAUGCUGAGAAAACUUACCAAGAAGACCUAACCCUGUUACAGCAGAGGCUGCAAGGGGCGAGCGAAGAUGCUCUUCUGGACUCUGUGGAAGUUGUGUUGUCCUGUGUGGGUUUAGAAGAGAAACCUGAGAAAGGAAGAAAAGAUCACGUUGAUGAAUUCGAGCCUGAGCGACAUAAGGAGAGCCUGCCACGCUUCCAGGCGGAGUUAGAAGAAAGCCACAGGCACCAAUUGGAAGCACUGGAGUCUCCCCUCUGCAUCCAGCAUGAGGGCCGUGUCUCAGACAGAUGCUGCGCAGAGACUUCAGCAUUGGAACACGGGUGGCGUCUGGAGCCCUUCAAAGGGCACAGCCAAGAGCUUCCCUGGGUGCAUCUCCAGGGUGUGCAGGAUGGGGACUUGGAGGCCGACACAGAGGUGGCAGCCAGAGUCUUGGGUCUGGAAACUGAGCACAAGGUUAAACUUUCGCUUCUUCAGACUGAGCUCAAGGAAGAAAUUGAACUCCUAAAAAUAGAAAAUAGAAAUUUGUACGAGAAGUUGCAGCAUGAAACCCGUCUGAAGGAGGAUUUGGAGAAGGUAAAACACAAUCUAAUUGAAGACCACCAGGAGGAACUAAAUAAUGCUAAGCAAAAGACUGAGCUGAUGAAACAGGAAUUCCAAAAAAAAGAAAUGGACUGGAAAGUUAUGAAGGAGGAGCUACAGCAGGAAGCUGAGGAGAAGUUAACAUUGAUGCUUCUUGAACUGAGAGAAAAGGCUGAAUCCGAGAAACAGACCAUUAUAAACAAGUUUGAGCUUCGAGAAACUGAAAUGAGGCAGCUUCAGGACCAACAGGCAGCCCAGAUCCUGGAUCUGGAGAGGUCCUUGACGGAGCAGCAGGGCCGCCUGCAGCAGCUGGAACAGGACCUCACUUCAGACGACGCCCUGCAUUGCAGCCAGUGUGGGCGGGAGCCGCCGACAGCCCAGGAUGGGGAGCUUGCCGCGCUCCACGUGAAGGAAGACUGCGCCCUGCAGCUGAUGCUGGCCCGGAGCAGGUUUUUAGAGGAACGUAAAGAGAUCACCGAGAAAUUCAGUGCGGAACAAGAUGCCUUCCUGCAGGAGGCCCGGGAGCAGCACGCCCGCGAGCUGCAGCUCCUCCAGGAGAGACACCAGCAGCGGCUCCUGUCAGUGACGGCGGAGCUCGAGGCCAGACACCAGGCCGCGCUGGGCGAGCUGACAGCCUCCUUAGAGAGCAAGCACGGGGCUCUGCUGGCCGCACGUGUGGCCGAACUGCAGACAAAACACGCUUCUGACCUCAGCGCUCUGGAGACCAGACAUCUGUCCAGCCUUGAUUCUUUGGAAUCCUGUUACCUGUCUGAAUUUCAGACCAUCCGUGAGGAGCACAGGCGGGCCCUAGAGCUCUUACGAGCAGACUUUGAGGAACAACUGCGGAAAAAGGACUCUCUUCACCAAACGAUUUUGACUCAAGAGUUGGAGAAACUGAAGCGGAAACAUGAUGGGGAGCUACAGUCUGUGCGGGACCGCCUGCGAACCGAAGCGAGCACAGAGCUCGCCGGAACCGUGGCUCACAAGCUGCAGGGAACGCACCAAGGUGAAUUUGGAAGUGAAAAGAAAACUGCUUUGCAUGAAAAAGAGGAGACACUUCAGCUUCAGAGUGCGCAGGCACAGCCUUUUCACCAAGAGGAGAAAGAGUCUUUGUCUCUGCAGCUUCAAAAGAGGAAUCACCAAGUCCAGCAGCUGAAAGACCAGGUUUUAUCCUUAAGUCACGAGAUAGAAGAGUGCCGCUCUGAGCUGGAGGUGCUGCAGCAGAGGCGGGAGCGGGAGAACCGGGAAGGCACAAACCUCGUCUCCAUGCUCAAGGCCGACGUCGACCUGUCCCACAGCGAAAGAGGGGCCCUCCAGGACGCCCUGCGCAGGCUGCUGGGUUUGUUUGGGGAGACGCUGAGGGCAGCCAUCACCCUGAGGAGCCGGAUCGGGGAGCGCGUGGGGCUUUGCCUGGAUGACGCGGGCGCGGGCCUGGCCCCGUCGGCAGCUCCGGCGCUGGAGGAGACGUGGUCUGAUGUGGCCCUCCCGGAGCUGGACAGAACUUUGUCUGAAUGUGCAGAGAUGUCUUCCGUGGCUGAAAUUAGCAGCCACAUGCGUGAAAGCUUUCUCAUGAGCCCAGAAAGUGUGCGGGAGUGUGAGCAGCCCAUCCGAAGGGUCUUCCAGAGCCUCAGCCUGGCUGUGGACGGCCUCCUGGAGAUGGCCCUGGACUCCAGCAGACAGCUGGAAGAAGCACGCCAAAUUCAUUCUCGUUUUGAAAAAGAAUUUAGUUUUAAAAAUGAGGAGACAGCACAGGUUGUCAGGAAGCACCAGGAGCUGCUGGAGUGCUUGAAGGAGGAGAGCACAGCAAAGGCAGAGCUGGCGCUAGAGCUGCACAAGACUCAGGGUACCCUCGAGGGAUUCAAGGUGGAGACAGCAGAUCUGAAGGAGGCGCUGGCUGGGAAGGAGGAUUCCGAGCACCGUCUGGUGCUGGAGCUGGAGAGCCUGAGACGGCAGCUGCAGCAGGCAGCCCAGGAGCAGGCGGCGCUGAGGGAGGAGUGCACCCGUCUUUGGAGCCGGGGGGAGGCCGCAGCCACGGACGCCAAGGCUAGAGAAGCUGCUCUCUGGAAGGAAGUGGAGGAUCUGACCAAAGAACAGUCGGAGACCAGGAAGCAGGCUGAGAAGGACCGCUCAGCCCUGCUCUCUCAGAUGAAGAUUUUGGAGUCUGAGUUAGAAGAACAGCUGUCUCAGCAUCGUGGGUGUGCCAAGCAGGUGGAGGUCGUCACUGCCCUGGAACAGCAGGUGGCAUCUCUGGACAAGCAUUUGCGCAACCAGCGGCAAUUCAUGGAUGAGCAGGCAGCCGAGCGGGAGCACGAGCGCGAGGAGUUCCAGCAGGAGAUUCAGAGGCUGGAGGGGCAGCUCCGCCAGGCGGCCAAGCCGCAGCCCUGGGGCCCUCGCGACAGCCAGCAGGCGCCGCUGGAUGGAGAGGUUGAGUUGUUACAACAAAAGUUGAGAGAAAAGUUGGAUGAAUUUAAUGAAUUGGCUAUACAGAAAGAGUCGGCAGAUAGACAAGUGUUAAUGCAGGAAGAAGAAAUUAAACGUCUGGAGGAGAUGAACAUCAACAUCAGGAAGAAGGUGGCCCAGCUCCAGGAAGAAGUGGAAAAACAGAAAAACGUCGUGAAAGAGCUGGAACAGGAUAAAGAGGUGUUAAAGAAACGGCAGGUGAGUAGCUUGCUUCUGGCGUCCACAUUGCAGUCUACACCAGAUGCAGACAGAUGUCCCGAGCCUCCUUCGGGCAGCCCUCCUGAGGGUCCAGAAGUACAGUUAGAGGUGACACAGAGCCCACUCCUGCAGCGUGAGAGUGAGGUUUUGGACUUAAAAGAACAGCUAGAAAAGAUGAAAGGUGAUUUAGAAAGUAAAAAUGAAGAAAUACUACAUCUGAACUUAAAAUUAGACAUACAGAACAGCCAGACUGCUAUCAGCCUCAGAGAACUUCAGGAAGAGAACACGAGCUUGAAGGUCAUAUAUACCAGAAGUUCUGAGAUUGAAGAGCUGAAAGCCACUAUUGAAAAUCUGCAAGAGAACCAGAAACGAUUACAAAAGGAGAAAGCAGAGGAAAUUGAACAACUCCAUGAAGUCAUUGAGAAGCUGCAGCACGAGCUGUCCCUCAUGGGGCCCGUGGUGCACGAAGUCAGCGAUAGUCAGGCUGGCAGUCUGCAGAGCGAGCUGCUCUGCUCCCAGGCCGGGGGCCCUCAUGGGCAGGCCCUGCAGGGCGAGCUCGAGGCUGCGCUGGAAGCCAAGGAGGCCCUGAGCCGGCUGCUGGCUGACCAGGAGCGCGGGCAUAGCCAGGCCCUGGAGGCCCUGCAGCAGCGCCUCCAGAGCGCAGAGGAGGCUGCGGAGCGGCAGCUGGCUGAGCUGGAGCGCAGUGCAGCUCUCAGGGAGGCUGAGGUCGAAGGCAUGGCCUCCCGGAUUCAGGAGUUCGAAGCGUCCCUGAAAGCAAAGGAAGCGAUGAUUGCCGAGAGAAAUUUAGAAAUUGAUGCUCUGAACCAGCAGAAGGCGGCCCACUCUGCCGAGCUGGAGGCCGUCCUGUUGGCCUUGGCCCGUAUCCGCCGCGCCCUGGAGCAGCAGCCCCUGGCAGCCGGGGCGGAGCCUCCCGAGCUACAGCGGCUCCGAGCGCAGUGUGCCCGCCUCAGCCGCCAGCUGCAGGUGCUGCACCAGCGGUUCCCGAGGUGCCAGGUGGAGCUGGACAGGCGGCAGGCCCGCAGAGCCACAGCUCACACGCGGGUGCCCGGGGCCCACCCACAGCCUCGCAUGGAUGGUGGCGCCAAGGCCCAGGUCACCGGCGACGUGGAGGCCUCCCAUGAUGCUGCUUUGGAACCGGUUGUCCCUGACCCACAGGGUGAUCUGCAGCCCGUCCUGGUGACGCUGAAGGACGCACCUCUCUGCAAGCAAGAAGGCGUAAUGUCAGUGCUCACCGUCUGCCAGAGGCAGCUGCAGUCGGAGCUGCUCUUGGUGAAAAAUGAAAUGCGCCUGAGUCUGGAGGAUGGCGGCAAGGGUAGGGAAAAAGUACUGGAAGAUUGUCAGCUGCCGAAGGUCGAUCUCAUAGCUCAGGUGAAACAACUUCAGGAAAAACUGAACCGUUUGCUGUAUUCCAUGACCUUCCAGAAUGUGGAUGUUGCCGACACCAAAUCUCCGUGGCCCUUGGCCUCAGCACACCUGUUGGAGAGCAGCUGGAGUGAUGAUUCCUGUGAUGGAGAAGAGCCUGAUACAUCACCCCCUGUAGACACGUGUGAUGCCAAUAUAGCCACGGGGGGUGUAACUGAUGUUAUCAGAAAUCAGGCCAUAGACGCGUGUGACGCCAAUACAACCAUGGGGGGUGUAACUGAUGUUAUCAAAAAUUGGGAUUCCUUGAUAACAGAUGAAAUGCUAGAAUCUCCCAUUCAAGAAAAAUCAGAAUGUCAGGACAGGUCCCUUUCUUCACCGACCAGCGUGCUUGGCGGUUCCCGCCACCAGAGCCACACUGCAGAGGCUGGGCCCCGGAAGAGCCCGGUCGGGAUGCUGGACCUGUCUUCCUGGAGCUCCCCUGAGGUCCUCAGGAAGGACUGGACCCUGGAGCCCCGGCCCAGCCUCCCCGUGACACCCCACUCAGGAGCCCUGAGCCUGUGCAGUGCCGACACAUCCCUGGGGGACAGGGCGGACACCUCGCUGCCACAGACCCAGGGGCCGGGGUUGCUUUGUUCCCUGGGCGUGUCCGCAGCAGCGCUGGCCGUGCAGUGGGCCGAGUCUCCGCCGGCUGACGACCACCAUGUGCAGAGGACGGCUGUGGAGAAAGAUGUUGAAGAUUUUAUCACAACAUCCUUUGAUUCUCAAGAAACAUUAAGUUCACCUCCUCCUGGAUUAGAAGGAAAAACUGAUAGAAGUGAGAAAAGUGACGGCUUGGGUUUUGGAGCAAGACUGAGCCCGCGGUCAGGAGGCCCUGAGGCUCGAACUGCUGGUCCUGUGACCCCUGCUCCCAUCUCUGGAAGGUUUCAGCCGCUGCAGGAAGCCAUGAAGGAGAAGGAAGUGCAUCCGAAGCACGUGAAGGCUUUACUGCAGAUGGUGUGUGAUGAGAGCCAUCAGAUCCUGGCGCUGUCAGAAGGCCUUGCACCCCCGACCUGCGAGCCGCACCCACCCCGGAAGGAAGAUGAGGAAGUGCCCACCGCGUGCCCCGAUUGGAGAGGGGACCUUCUGCAGGUUGUGCAAGAGGCGUUUGAAAAAGAGCAGGAGAUGCAGGGGGUUGGGCUGCAGCCCCGACUCAGUGGCUCAGAUCUGGGGGGUCACAGAUCCCUGCUCGAAACGCUGGAGAAGAUCAUCCGUGAGCAGGGAGACCUGCAGGAAAAGUCCCUGGAGCAUCUUCGCCUGCCAGACCGGAGCAGCCUGCUGUCCGAGAUCCAGGCUCUGCGCGCCCAGCUGCGCAUAACGCACCUGCAGAACCAGGAGAAGCUGCAGCACUUGCACACAGCGCUGACAAGCGCGGAGUCACGUGGGAGCCAGCAGGAGCACCAGCUGCGCAGGCAGGUUGAACUGCUGGCUUAUAAAGUAGAGCAGGAGAAGUGCAUUGCUGGUGACUUGCAGAAGACACUGAGUGAAGAGCAAGAGAAAGCAAACGGCGUGCAGAAGCUCCUGGCGGCGGAGCAGAUUGUGGUGCGAGAUUUGAAGUCCAACCUCUGUGAGAGCAGGCAGAAGAACGAACAGCUGUCCCGGUCCCUCUGCGAGGUGCAGCAGGAGGUCCUCCAGCUGAGAUCCAUGCUGAGCAGUAAGGAGAACGAGCUGAAGGUCGCACUUCAGGAGCUGGAGAGUGAGCAGGGGAAGGGGCGUUCCCUGCAGAGCCAGCUGGAGGAGGAGCAGCUGCGGCACCUGCAGAGGGAGGGCCAGAGUGCCAAGGCCCUGGAGGAGCUGCAGGCAUCUUUGGAGACACAGCGUGCUCAGAGCAGUCGACUCUGCGUGGCACUGAAACACGAGCAGACGGCCAAGGACAACCUGCAGAAGGAGCUGCGCAUUGAGCACUCACGCUGCGAGGCCUUGCUGGCUCAGGAGCGGAGCCAGCUCUCGGAGCUCCAGAAGGACCUUGCGGCUGAGAAGAGCCGCACCCUGGAGCUGUCAGAGGCCUUGCGGCAUGAGCGGCUGCUGACUGAGCAGCUGAGCCAGCGGACACAGGAGGCUUGCGUGCACCAGGACACACAGGCCCAUCACGCUCUGCUGCGGAAGCUGAAGGAGGAGAAGUCCCGGGUGGUGGACUUGCAAGCGAUGCUUGAAAAGGUGCAGCAGCAAGCCCUGCGUUCUCAGCAGCAGCUUGAGGCUGAGGCCCAGAGGCACUGUGAGGCGCUCAGGAGAGAAAAGGAGGUAAGUGCCACACUGAAGUCCACGGUGGAAGCCCUGCACACCCAAAAACGAGAGCCAAGAUGCUCUCUGGAGAGAGAGAGGGAGAAACCAGUGUGGUUGCAGGCAGAAUUAGAGCAGUCACACCCACGGUUGAAAGAGCAAGAAGGACGCAAGGCUGCGAGGAGGAGCGCGGAGGCCAGGCAGAGCCCAGCGGCUGCGGAGCAGUGGAGGAAGUGGCAGAGAGACAAGGAGAAGCUGCGAGAAUUAGAGCUGCAGCGUCAGCGUGACUUGCAUAAGAUCAAGCAGCUUCAGCAGACGGUGAGAGACCUGGAGUCGAAGGACGAGGUGCCUGGCAGCCGCCUCCACCUGGGUUCUGCCCGCAGGGCUGCUGGCUCGGAUGCAGACCACCUCCGGGAACAGCAGCGAGAGCUAGAGGUGAUGAGGCAGCGGCUGCUCUCUGCUGCCCGGCUUCUCACCAGCUUCGCCAGCCAGGCCGUGGACAGGACAGUUAAUGAUUGGACGUCAUCCACUGAGAAAGCAGCGAUGUCUUUACUGCACACGUUGGAGGAGCUGAAGUCUGACUUGAGCAAGCCCACCUCCUCCCAGAAAAAAAUGGCAGCAGAGCUGCAAUUCCAGUUUGUGGACAUCCUGCUGAAAGACAAUGUUUCCCUCACAAAAGCCCUCAGCACGGUGACCCAGGAGAAGCUGGAGCUGAGCAGAGCCGUGUCUAAGCUUGAGAAGAUGCUGAAGCACCAUCUGCAGAAGGGCUGCAGCCCGAGCAGGUCGGAAAGGUCUGCUUGGAAGCCAGACGAAAUGGCUCCACAGAGUUCCCUGAGGCGCCCAGACCCCAGCCGGCUUCCACCAGCUGCCAACGAGGAAGCACACACCAGCAAUGUCAAGAUGGAAAAAUUGUACCUGCAUUAUUUGAGAGCAGAGAGCUUUAGAAAAGCUCUGAUUUAUCAAAAGAAGUAUCUUUUGCUGUUGAUUGGUGGAUUCCAGGAUUCUGAACAAGAAACACUCUCCAUGAUUGCCCAUUUGGGGGUAUUUCCUUCCAAAGCAGAACGGAAAAUCACAUCUCGUCCUUUCACCAGGUUCCGCACAGCUGUCAGGGUGGUCAUUGCAAUAUUAAGAUUACGUUUUUUGGUUAAGAAAUGGCAAGAAGUAGAUCGGAAAGGAGCUCUGGCACAAGGCAAAGCCCCUCGCCCAGGGCCCCGAGCACGACGGCCACAGUCUCCACCCAGAACCAGAGAGUCCCCCCCAACCCGGGAUGUACCCUCCGGCCACACCAGAGACCCCGCCAGAGGCCACAGACUGGCAGCAGCAGCAGCCUCCCCACACAGUGGGGGAAGAGCCACUCCAUCCCCAAAUUCAAGAUUAGAAAGAUCCCUGACUGCUUCUCAAGAUCAAGAACAUUCCUUGACAGAAUAUAUUCAUCAUUUAGAAGUGAUCCAGCAAAGAUUGGGAGGGGUACUACCAGAUUCUACUUCAAAGAAAUCCUGCCACCAGACGAUUAAACAGGAAUAAAAUGUCAUGGCUCUUACCUGCGGCAAUUCUAUUUGAGGAAAAGAUUUGUUUUUGCCUUUUCCCAAGGAAGCUGGUGGGACAGCAUGGGCACUACUCUUCACGUGCGGUGACACCAGCCCCCAGAUGCCUUGAAUUAAGUGUCCUCACCUUUAUGCAUGACUGCAAAGCCAGAUGGAGCAUUUUCUAUGGAGCCUCCGUAUGUUUUAGGCCCGUGACCUUCGUGAGGUGACGGGCACUCACUCCCAUGAGCCCUGGCUGUGUGCUGUUGUGUGCCUAUCGACAGAUCCAUCCUUCCUGCCUCCAAGAAGGAUACACAGAGAAUGGCUUCCUGUUGUUUUAUUUUCUUAACGUGUACAGAUGGAAACUUCAUUUAAAAAUAAAAACAAAACAGCUCAAAAAGGAAUAAAAUUUAAUCACUGUUUUGUUUGUGAAUA